GUCACAUACAUACAGGCUGCAGCGGCACCUCGAAGAGGAAACUGGUCGAGUUAUUAGCAUGAUUUCAUGGACUGACUGACUGUAGAGUUAACAGUAUAAACACCAUCUUUCUAGACAUCAUCAGGCUCAGAGCAGCAUGUCUUUUGCGCAGUCUCCCAAAAAGACGGGACUGCCGAGAGAAGUCGUGAAAUGGCUGCAAAGCCUGGACUUGUCAUUUUAUCCGAAGAAUGUGCGCAGAGAUUUGUCCAAUGGUUACCUUGUGGCAGAGAUAUUGUCUCGUUAUUACCCCCAAGACUUUCUGGUGCAUUCGUGUGACAAAGGAACAUCACUCUCUGCCAAACAGAGGAACUGGAGCCAGAUAGAGAAGUCUUUACAGAAGCAGAAUCUGCACUUGAUGAAAGAGAUAAUUGAUGGAAGCAUUCACUGUAAACCAGGAGCAGCUGAACUGUUGGUGCAGGAGGUUUACACUAAUUUAACUAACCGGAGCAUCAGAGAUGUUCAGGGCCCAGAGUCAGACUUCACUGACCAAGAGUACCAGGAGCUUCUACCCACACUGGCCCGCUCCACAGCCUCCAAGGCCAUCAAGAACAACCUGAGGAUAACAGAGAUCAUGGCGGAGCCCGACAUCAGCACAAGCCAGAGGAAGGCAGAAGUCAUCCUCCACAGGCACCUGGAGCACCAGGCAGCAGAUAGGGUCCUCAACCCUGGACGUUUUAAAGUGAAGCCUAAUCUGUGUCGGCUGGCAGCCAAAAAUCCCGUGCCAACCAGCCGCGGUGAUGAGUGCUUGGCUUCGUCUGGAGACUCUACAUCCAAGUUCUGCUCCUCUUCAACAUGGAGCGGAGCGGCUGUUCCCUUUAAGGAGAUAAAGGUGCACCAGCCUGUCAGACGCUCCCUGGUUAACUAUUAAAUAAAAUGUAUGGAGAUUUGUGCGCUAUAAUUGUGUUGUGUGUGUGUGUGUGUGCGUGUGUCACUUGAUGUAGUGAUAGGUUUUUCACAAUUAUUCAAAUAAUAGCCCAUUGAACUGUAAUGCAUCGAAAGUAUUUUUCUGGAGUAUCAUUUGUUUUGAAAGACGGAAGACGUCACUGUUUGUUAUGGAUUAUGUAAUGUAUUAGUGCUUCUGCCAUCAUGUUUGGGCGAUGUCUGUUUGUACCAGUAGAUGGCAGCAUUGAGUCACGAGCAGAGCUCUCCUCAAUGGUUCAGACUGAAAUCCACUGCUGUAGGUGUACCAUUGACAAAAAGAGGAUAUACAUCAGUGUAUGCUGCAGAAAUUGA